ACUACUCAAAAUUAACUGACCAGAGAGCUUCUGACCAGCACAUUUCCCGGCUUAGAAGUUUCUCCAAGGGGCUACCAAAGAUGAAGUCACUGUAUUUGAUCUUUGGCCUGUGGAUCCUUAUAGGCUGCUUCCAGUCAGGGGAGGGUAAGAGAGGCCCGAGAAGACAACAUAAUCCUAGAAAACAAGAUCCUUCCACUCUUCGUCAUUAUCUCUGUCUUCAGUCUGAUCCCAAUGGUGUGCAAAUGGAAGAAACAACCAGUAUACCCUUAACUAUUCAACCACCUAACAGAAUUGUUGAUCUUCCUGGAAUUGUCUCUAUAUCAUCAGUUGAUCAACUAGGUACCAUUGAAUAUCAUUGUCAGCUAAUUGCUCCAGACCCUAGACGUCUAAGCCAUCCUCCUACUCAACUUUAUUCCACAGAACAAGCAAAUACAAAAACAGAUGCCAAAAUCUCCAACACUACUGCGAAUACCCAAAAUUCCACUGAUAUUUUUGAAGGUGGUGGCAAAUAACAAAUUCCUUUUGGCAGUUAGAAUAGCAUAAAUCAAAACACUGUGUAGUUUUGGGAGAAAUAAUCUUUAAAGGCUUGAGAAACAACCUUUACCCACGCAUUAUAGAAAAUGACAAUAAAGAGCUGAGCAGCAUUACACAGC